AUGAAUUAAAGAAACUUAGAGGAUAUACCUAUAGAUUAGUAUGAGAUGUCAUCUCCAUUUCUUGAGGAUGGAAUCAACAAAUCUAACAGGUAACCCUUGCUGAUGAUUAACGAAAAGAGUGAUUCUUUUCAAUCAAGCAAUUAUAAAAUUGACACUCCUGGUUUCAAAGGUACUUUUAAUUCAGGAUCCGUUGAUUACGGUUAUGCAUUAUUGAACUAUUUUGAUGAAGGAGAAGAAAUAGCCGGAAACAGGAACGGUUAAAUAGUAAAAAACUCUAAUUCCACAAAUAGUUUGUAUAUAUUUUAUUAGAAACUUCCAGUAUUUUUACCAAAUUCUGUUGUUAUGUUGAUUUGGAAGGCCAUCAUUGCUGGGAUCAUACUGCUCUAUUUUUUCGUGGUACCAAUCACUGUGUGUUAUGGUAGUGAUAUUUUCUUGCCCAGCACUAAAUACAUAAUAGAUUCAUUAUCUUUCCUCUUUUUGCUACUUGAUAUAGCUUUAGAAUUUUUGACAGCCUUUUAUGAACAUGGAAAUUUAAUUACAGAUAAAGAAAGAAUAGCUUAUCAGUAUUUGAGAUUAAACUUUGCGUUAGAUAUUCUUGGCACUUUGGCCUUUGGUAUUCAGUCAUUCAUACCAAAUGACUCAGUUAAUUUAAUUUUGUUGUUAUUUUUUUUAAAAUACCCUGCACUUAUAAAAAUAGAUUAUCUUUUUGAAGAAGCUACAUUAUUAUAUCGAACAUUGAGAACCAUCUACAAUGUAGGGAAGAUUAUUGUAUUACUACAAUUUUGCUUUUUGAUAUUUUCCUGUAUAUUUUAUGUAAUAGGAAAGUCCAGUGUUGAAGCAGGAUAUAAUUCUUGGUUAUUAAACGAUGGUAAUUUUGGAGUUAUAGGAGAACUGAAUCCUGGAUUUUAAUUUUUCUUCUCAUAUUACUUUGGAUUAGGAACAAUGACAACAACUAUGGGAUAUGGUGAUAUUACUCCAUUAAAUGUUUUUGAAUGCACCUGGUGUCUUGGUGGAAUAUUUUUUGCUGUUUUCAUCUUCUAAGUUAACGUUAAUUCACUGUUUAAAAUUAUGGAAGAGUUUAAUGUUCACCCCAUGAAGAUAUUCAAAAAAAGAAUAGCAGUAAAUAAAUUUAUGCAAUCCAAAUCAGUGCCAUUGGUAGUCUAAGAAAGAGUCAGAAGAUAUUUGAAUGAACACUGGUAUGAAGAAGGAACAAGGGAUUUGACCUUAGAGUAGGAAAUUUUCACUGAGUUGGCUCCUGAAAUCAAGGAAGAAUUAUUUUAUAAUUCGUAUGGAAAAAUGUUUGACUAAAUUCCAUUUUUGUCUAAGACUUUCUCAAUUGAAUUUUUAAGAUCCAUUUCAAUCAAAAUUGAGGAAAUUAGUUUUGCCUAAAAUGAAAUUAUUUUCUUAGACAAUGUUGAUUAUCUCUUAGAUGAUUUUUCUAUUUAUUUUAUAGAUUAUGGUUCAAUUCUCAUUUUCGCCAACACCGGAGAAUAGAGGCCUUUUUGGAUCAAAUAAUUAGAGUCCCAGGAGUAUUUUGGUGAGUGGUCUUUUUUGACUGGUAGACCUAGAUUGGCAUCUGCCUCUUCUAUUUCUUAUAGCAGGUUAUACAAAUUAAAGAGAGAGGUGUUUAUGGAUAUCCUUGGAUCCUUUUAGGAUGAUUUUGAAAAAUAUUGGAUGAUUCGAGAUAAAUUGAUUUAUUCAAAUGACUUUAAAGUAAUAAAUAACAUUUGUUGGAAUUGUGAGUCAGAUUCUCACUACGCAACGUAAUGUCCUGUAACUCACUAUAUCCCACAAAUAACAAAGGAACUAACAAUCAGUUUAUAUGCUGAAUAGGAACGAAGUUAAUAUCAAAGAAAAUAGAAAUUAAGAUGGAACACUAUUUUAAGAUCGUCAUCUCAGAUCUAAAAAACAGAGAGUUUUAGAGAAUAAAAUUAGAAUCAAGAGAACUAGGCUUAACAAGCAAACAAUGCAGUUUAAGUAAUAUAGGAUCAACAAUCAUAGAAACAAAAGUAAAUAUUUGAUAAGCCAUACUAAUUUAAACAUUACUUUCCUAAAUUCAAUUACCAUAAAAUUUAAGCCUUCUAGAAUCAAGCAGCUAUUUCAAAAAUUAACAAUCUUAGGAAAUCUGCGAUGUAUAUCCCAAGCACAGCAUAUCGUUAAACAAAACAAUCUGCCAUUUUUGUUUGGCCAAAAUAGAGUUGA